ACGUCCGAGCACAGUCUCUUUCUGUCGUGGCACCUGGAGGUGAGUGGUCGUUUGUAGUUCGCGCACCGGUCGACUAUCCGACGAAUCUCACCCGAGGAUAUUACAUCGGACGACAGAGUACUAGAACUUUCUUAAAACUACAAAAAUGGGUAAGGAGAAGAUUCAUAUUAACAUCGUCGUCAUUGGACAUGUCGACUCUGGCAAGUCGACCACCACUGGUCAUUUGAUCUACAAAUGUGGUGGUAUCGACAAACGUACCAUUGAGAAGUUUGAGAAAGAAGCCCAGGAGAUGGGCAAAGGUUCCUUUAAAUAUGCCUGGGUACUCGACAAACUUAAGGCUGAACGUGAGCGUGGUAUCACCAUUGAUAUCGCCUUAUGGAAAUUCGAAACAUCGAAAUACUACGUAACGAUUAUCGACGCCCCUGGACAUAGAGAUUUUAUCAAGAACAUGAUCACUGGUACCUCACAAGCUGACUGUGCCGUGCUGAUCGUUGCCGCUGGUACCGGUGAAUUCGAGGCUGGAAUUUCGAAAAACGGACAGACCCGUGAACACGCUCUUCUCGCCUUCACUCUCGGCGUCAAGCAAUUGAUUGUCGGAGUUAACAAAAUGGAUUCCACCGAGCCCCCGUAUUCCGAGACUCGGUUCGAGGAAAUUAAGAAGGAAGUCUCGUCCUACAUCAAGAAGAUUGGUUACAACCCGGCCGCCGUUGCGUUCGUGCCGAUCUCCGGCUGGCAUGGAGACAAUAUGCUGGAGGUCUCCUCCAAGAUGCCCUGGUUCAAGGGAUGGACCGUGGAGCGUAAAGAGGGCAAGGCUGAGGGCAAAUGUCUCAUUGAAGCUUUGGAUGCCAUCCUGCCACCCACUAGGCCGACUGAUAAGGCUCUCCGUCUUCCCCUUCAGGAUGUGUACAAGAUUGGUGGUAUUGGAACAGUACCUGUCGGCCGUGUUGAGACUGGUGUGUUGAAACCUGGUAUGGUCGUUACCUUUGCACCCGUUGGAUUGACCACUGAAGUUAAGUCCGUCGAAAUGCACCACGAAGCUCUUCAGGAGGCCGUGCCCGGUGACAACGUUGGUUUCAACGUCAAGAACGUAUCUGUUAAAGAAUUGCGUCGUGGAUACGUCGCUGGAGACUCCAAGAGCAACCCGCCCAAGGGUGCUGCUGACUUCACCGCACAGGUCAUCGUGCUCAAUCACCCCGGUCAAAUUAGCAACGGAUACACGCCCGUAUUGGAUUGCCAUACUGCCCAUAUCGCUUGCAAAUUCGCCGAAAUCAAGGAAAAAUGCGACCGCCGUACUGGCAAGACUACUGAGGAGAACCCGAAGGCCAUUAAGUCUGGUGACGCCGCCAUUGUCAUGCUGGUGCCCAGCAAGCCCAUGUGCGUCGAGGCUUUCCAGGAGUUCCCGCCCCUGGGACGUUUUGCCGUGCGUGACAUGCGUCAGACGGUAGCCGUCGGCGUCAUCAAGGCCGUCACCUUUAAGGAUCAAACAGGCAAAGUCACCAAGGCCGCUGAGAAAGCCCAGAAGAAGAAAUAACUAUUGUAAUAGUUUCCGUGCAUACACCGAUAGUUUCCGUGCGAAUAUGGCGCCGGGCGGACGACGGCGUACACCAGCCGACGUAGCUCACCCUCCUUUGUACGACUCGCGGGAGACGAAAUUGACAGCAUCGUCUAUAGCGGAAGAGUUCUCUGGAUUGAGGGCUUUAUCGCAAACCACGAUCGGAAAUGAGAGAGCGACGAUUCAAUCGCGAAGAUUGGUAUCUCGUGCAUACAAGGUCGCGCGAUUACCGCGCCUCCUCAGCGCACGGACAUUUCGCUUGUCGAAAUGGCUCCGUCAUUUUUUUCACCGUAAAGAGUUUCGCAGGAAAGAGACACAUUUAAUGUACCGUUGGCCGAUGUGUGUAUUUUCGUCUCGCGGGAGUCGCAAGGGAAAGGAGCGAACUUCGCGCGAGCUAUCGUAUAAACAAUAUACAACAACACCUACCAACUUACUUCAUAACGAACAUCAACAUAAUUUAGCGCGGCUUAAUUAUAUUUUCUAAUUACUUAUACGGAAAUAAAAUUCUGUAUAUAUCCGAUACUCGAAAAGAAACAUUUCAUUAUUAUUCUUCAACAUUACUUUAUUGAUAACUCGUCAAAUUUAUCAUCCCUUUUUUUUUUUAGAAAUACCUUUCAUUUAUUGCUCUCACAUCUACGGUAACUAUAGAUUUGAUCACGAAAAAGAAUAAUAUAUAUCACGGCAUGUCCGUAUCUCAUUUUGUCUUGGUAGCUUUUUUAUAUUAAUCGUUCAAGACUAUUAAUUCAAGAAGCUUAGAGUAGAAAGGGCAACGGUAGUAGGCCUUAACAAUGAUAGAUUUCGUUGGGCUAUGGGACCUGUUGUUUCCUAUAAUUAUCUUUCCAUUCAAUUAUAGGUAAGACAAGAUAAUUAAAAUGUCCUGAAGGAGAAAAAAAGAAACUUUUCUACAAGAUAUUCCUUUUAUCUAACUAACGUCGAGCAGGAAGUUGCAUGCGCAAAAAAAACUUGCAAUGACUCUGUAUCUCAUCUUAUUGCGAUUCUUUUACAAACGACAUUGGUUAACGGUUUUCUGUACAUACAUAUAUAAAUACCAGCGAUGACGAGUAAGAGCGAAAAAUAAAGAAGCUGCGGAAACGA